CCAUUUCCUCUAACCUCUUUUCUCUUGUUUCUGAUUUCCUCUUUUCCCUUUCUUUCACAUUUCCUCUAUUCUCUUUCUUUCACAUUUCCUCUUUUCUCUUUCUUUCACAUUUCCUCUUCUCUCUUGUUUCACGUUUCUUCUUCUCUAUUUAUUUCCCAUUUGCUCUUCUCUCUUUCCCAUUUCCACUUUUAUCUUUCUUUCACAUUUCCUCUUCCCUCUUGUUUCACAUUUCCUCUUCUCUCUUUCUUUCAGAUUUCCUCUUCUCUCUUUCCUUCGCAUGUCAUCUUUUCUCUUUUUUCACAUUUCUUCUUCUCUAUUCUUUCACAUUUCAUCUUCUCUCUUUCUUUCACAUUUCCUCUUUUCUCCUUCUUUCACAUUUCCUUUUCUCUCUUUCUUUCACAUUUCAUCUUCUCUCUUUCUUUCACAUUUCCACCUCUCUCUUUCCUUCACAUUUCAUCUCACAUUUUUCACAUUUUCUAUUUACUCUUUCUUUCACGUUUCCUCUUUUAUCGCUGUUUCCCAUUUCCUCUUCUCACUUCUUUCUCAUUUCCCCUUCACUCUUUCAUUCAUAUUUCCUCUUUUAUCUUUCUUUCCCAUUUCCUCUUCUCUCUUUCUUUCAUAUUUCCUCUUUUAUCUUUCCUUCACAUUUCCUCUUUUAUCUUUGUUUCACAUUUCCUCUUCUCUCUUUCCUUAACAUUUCAUCUUCUCUCUUUCUUCCAAAUUUCCUCUUUUCUCUUUCUCCACCAUUUUCUCUAAUCUCUUUCUUUCCCAUUUCCUCUUUUAUCUUUCUUUCCCAUUUCAUCUUUUCUCUUUCUUUCCCAUUUCCCCUUCUCUCUUUCUUUCACAUUUCCCCUUCUCUCUUUCUUUCACAUUUCCUCUUUUCUUUUUCUUUCACAUUUCCUCUACUCUCUUCUUUCUCAUUUCCUCUUCUCUCUUCCCUUCACAUUUCAACUUCCCUCUUUUUUCACAUUUUCUCUUUACUUUUUCUUUCACAUUUCCUCCUUUAUCUUUGUUUCCCAUUUCCUCUUUCCUCUUUCUUUCACAUUUCCUCUUCUCUCUUGUUUCACAUUUCUUCUUCUCUCUUUUUUCACAUUUCCUCUUCUCUCUUUCCCAUUUCCUCUUUUAUCUUUCUUUCCCAUAUCCAGUUUUCUUUUUUUCCUAUUUCCUCUUCUCUCUUUCUUUCACAUUUCUUUUUUUCUCUUUCUGUCACAUUUUCUCUUUACAAUCGUCUUUGCUUUAAGAAUGAAUAUCUUUCAGUCUGUUUUUCUUUCUUCCACAAAAAGCACGAUAUGGAUGGUAUUUUCUACGUGCAAAUAUCUUGUGGCAGCUGA